AUGGGAGGUGUCACCUUCAUCAUGGCAGGCGAUUUCCGUCAGACACAACCAGUCGUCCCAAGAGGAACAAAAGCAGAUGAACUAAAUGCUAUCAUUUGGAGACAUGUGACCAAGCUUAGACUUCGAACCAACAAAAGAGUCAAACUGCAUGGUGAACAUUCUGCUAGCGCAUUUACUGAAAGGCUUCUCGAUAUUGGUGAAGACAAGGUACUGGUGGAUUCACAAGAUGGAAUUAAGGUGCUUCCAUGUGAUACCAUGGUUAGUUCACUGGAUGAGAUCAAGAACAGAGUCUUUCUAAGCAUAACCCACCAUUACCACGACCAAAGCUGGUUGUGUGAGAGAGCCAUCCUUGCUCCGAAAAAUGAUGCUGUGAACAAACUGAAUGAGGAACUGCUGCAACAGAUACCUGGAGGUUCAAGAUCUUACACUUCAAUUGACACUAUUCUAGAAACAGAUCAGGCUGUGUAUUAUCCUAUUGAGUUUAUCAACUCCCUACAGCCACCCGGAGUUCCACCACACAACUUGGUCCUGGAAAAAGGUGCUCUCAUCAUGCUAAUAUGA